ACCUCGCCCAUGCCGAAAACGAAGAAAGAUAGAAGAGAGCCGCCACCUACCCCCUCUGACGCUGUGCAGACUCUCUCCUCUUUCCUUUUGCCUUCGUUGCCCUCAUCUGCGUUUCCUGAACAAAAAUCCCUCUCCUACCUAUGAUUUUGGUUCCUUUGUUUCGUUAUAUUAAAACUCAAUCUGGAAUAGUUUGAUUAGAUAAGGACUACCUUUUUUACGCUUUAUCCACCGCCCUCUCUUCAAACCCUUAUUUUUCACGUGAUCUGCUCUAAGUCGACUCAUCUUAUCAUUCCAAAAACCUUCUAAACAACGGAUCUGAGAUUUCUUUAUAACGCUUUUUUUAUUCAUAAAGAUCUGAACUUAUUUGGUUAUUUUCGUUAAUAACUUAAUUCUGUAUACAAUUUACGGUAUUUAUAUAUAUACACAUAUCUCUUAAAAAGAUUGUAAACAACUGAACCUGGUGGUUUAAUAUGUCGAUUGCUUCGAGUUCUGUGAACAAUGGCAUGGUUAUGCCAUCGCCGGCCAAGAGUCUGGCGGGCCAUCAAUUGAAUGCUAUGCCUUUGUGCAGAGUCGGUGUUGGUCUGGGCAGAACUACUAGGGCCUCUAGAAGUUUAGCUAAGAGGACUACCGGUUUCGAUAAGAGGUUUUACGGAGCCAAACUCCGGGCCUCGGGUUCUGAAAGGUUGCACCUUUGGCAAUCAGAUGGGCCGGGCCAGGCUCCGAAGCUUAAGGUCGUUGUUCGUUCUGCAUUGUCUAAUGUGCCGGAGAAGCCACUCGGCCUUUACGAUCCGUCCUUCGAUAAGGACUCUUGUGGUGUUGGGUUUGUGGCUGAACUUUCCGGUGAAAGCAACCGGAAAACGGUAACUGAUGCUGUUGAGAUGUUAGUUCGGAUGUCUCAUAGAGGCGCGUGUGGUUGUGAGACUAAUACUGGAGAUGGGGCCGGUAUUCUUGUGGCUUUGCCUCAUGAUUUCUACAAGGAGGUAGCAAGUGAGGUGGGAUUUGAGCUACCACCACCUGGCCAGUAUGCAGUUGGGAUGUUCUUCCUACCUACCUCUGAAAGCAGAAGGGAGCAAAGCAAAAUUGUAUUUACAAAGGUGGCUGAGUCGCUCGGUCAUACAGUUCUUGGAUGGCGUCCAGUCCCUACAGAUAAUUCAGGACUGGGCAAGUCGGCAUUGCAGACAGAACCUGUCAUUGAGCAAGUGUUUCUGACACCAACUCCUCGGUCAAAGGUCGACUUUGAGCGGCAGAUGUAUAUUUUGAGGAGGGUUUCAAUGGUAGCGAUCCGAGCUGCUUUAAACCUCCAACAUGGUGGCGUGAGAGAUUUCUAUAUAUGCUCUCUUUCUUCAAGGACUAUUGUUUACAAAGGUCAGUUGAAGCCUAAUCAGUUGAAGGAGUACUACUAUGCAGAUUUGGGCAAUGAAAGGUUUACGAGCUACAUGGCCCUGGUGCAUUCUAGGUUCUCUACAAAUACCUUUCCUAGUUGGGAUCGUGCUCAACCCAUGCGUGUUUUGGGUCAUAACGGGGAAAUUAACACACUUCGAGGCAACGUGAACUGGAUGAGGGCUCGUGAAGGUCUUCUUAAAUGCAAAGAGCUUGGCCUUUCGAAGACAGAAAUGAAAAAGCUCUUGCCCAUUGUUGAUGCCAGUUCAUCUGACUCAGGAGCUUUUGAUGGUGUACUUGAGCUUCUGCUUCGAGCUGGUAGAAGCCUCCCAGAAGCUGUAAUGAUGAUGAUUCCUGAAGCCUGGCAAAAUGACAAGAACAUGGAUCCUAACCGCAAAGCAUUGUACGAGUAUUUUUCAGCUCUCAUGGAACCAUGGGAUGGACCUGCCCUUAUAUCAUUUACUGAUGGGCGCUAUCUUGGAGCUACAUUAGAUCGGAAUGGUCUGCGUCCAGGUCGCUUUUAUGUCACAUACAGUGGCAGGGUUGUUAUGGCAAGUGAAGUUGGAGUAGUUGAUAUUCCACCUGAAGAUGUAUGCAGAAAAGGUCGACUAAACCCUGGAAUGAUGCUUCUGGUGGACUUUGAGAACCAUGUUGUUGUAGAUGAUGAAGCUUUGAAGCAGCAGUACUCUCUUGCAAGACCUUAUGGACAGUGGCUUAAAAGGCAAAAGAUAGAGCUGAAAGACAUUGUUGAGUCUGUAAAUAAAUCCUACAGGGUCCCUCCACCCAUUGCCGGAGUUUUGCCUGCGUUAAAUGAUGAUGACAGUAUGGAAAAUAUGGGGCUUCAUGGUUUAUUGGCUCCAUUAAAGGCCUUCGGUUACACUGUGGAGUCUUUAGAAAUGCUGCUACUCCCAAUGGCAAAAGAUGGUGUCGAGGCUCUUGGUUCAAUGGGAAAUGAUGCUCCAUUAGCAGUGAUGUCUACUAGAGAAAAACUUACAUUUGAGUAUUUCAAGCAGAUGUUUGCUCAAGUCACAAACCCUCCUAUUGACCCUAUAAGGGAAAAAAUUGUUACGUCUAUGGAAUGUAUGAUUGGUCCUGAAGGAGAUCUUACAGAGACCACUGAAGAACAGUGUCACCGCCUCUCACUCAAGGGACCUCUUUUGUCCAUUGAAGAAAUGGAAGCUGUGAAAAAGAUGAACUACAGAGGGUGGCGCAGUAAGGUUCUUGAUAUUACCUUCUCCCGAGACCGUGGUACGAAGGGUCUCGAGGAGACCUUAGAUAGGAUCUGCUCUGAAGCGCACAGCGCGAUUCAGGAGGGUUAUACAACAAUCAUUCUUUCUGACAGAGCCUUCUCGCCAAAGCGUGUUGCUGUGAGCUCUUUAUUGGCUGUUGGUGCUGUCCAUCAUCAUUUAGUUAAAAAGCUUGAGCGGACUCGUGUUGGACUGAUUGUUGAAUCUGCUGAGCCACGAGAAGUACACCAUUUCUGUACAUUGGUAGGAUUUGGUGCUGAUGCUAUCUGCCCUUAUUUGGCUGUAGAAGCUAUAUGGAGACUACAGGUUGAUGGAAAAAUCCCACCAAAGUCAACUGGUGAGUUCCAUUCCAAGGAUGAGCUUGUCAAGAAAUACUUCAAAGCAAGUCAUUAUGGCAUGCAGAAGGUUCUUGCAAAAAUGGGCAUAUCAACAUUGGCAUCGUACAAGGGCGCUCAGAUUUUUGAGGCAGUUGGCCUUUCGUCAGAAGUGAUGGAAAGGUGUUUCAAAGGAACCCCUAGCAGAGUGGAGGGUGCAACUUUUGAUGCACUUGCAAAGGAUGCACUCAAGCUGCAUGAACUAGCAUUCCCAUCACGAGCCUUGGCUCCCGGGAGUGCAGAGGCUGUGGCACUCCCUAAUCCUGGUGAUUAUCAUUGGAGAAAAGGUGGUGAGAUUCACCUUAAUGAUCCACUUGCCAUCGCAAAAUUGCAGGAGGCUGCACGAACUAAUAGUGUAGCUGCCUACAAAGAAUAUUCUAAGCGUGUGCAGGAAUUAAAUAGACAAUGCAAUUUAAGGGGACUUUUGAAGUUUAAAGAGGCAGAGGUGAAAGUUCCUCUGGAAGAAGUUGAACCAGCAAGUGAGAUUGUAAAACGUUUUGUUACUGGAGCCAUGAGUUAUGGAUCAAUCUCUUUGGAGGCACAUGCUACUCUUGCUAUGGCAAUGAACAAAAUUGGGGGCAAAUCUAACACAGGUGAGGGUGGUGAGCAACCAUCUCGGAUGGAGCCUCUUCCUAAUGGUUCAAUGAAUCCAAAAAGAAGUGCAAUUAAGCAGGUUGCAAGUGGUAGAUUUGGAGUCUCAAGUUAUUACCUCACAAAUGCGGAUGAGCUACAGAUAAAAAUGGCUCAGGGAGCCAAGCCUGGAGAAGGGGGUGAACUUCCUGGACACAAGGUCAUUGGUGACAUAGCUGUCACUAGGAACUCCACAGCUGGAGUUGGACUAAUUAGUCCUCCUCCUCAUCAUGAUAUCUACUCUAUUGAGGAUCUUGCACAGUUGAUUCAUGAUCUUAAGAAUGCAAAUCCGGGGGCACGUGUAAGUGUCAAGUUGGUUUCUGAAGCUGGCGUUGGGGUUAUUGCUAGCGGUGUUGUCAAGGGACAUGCUGAUCAUGUCUUGAUCUCCGGUCAUGAUGGAGGCACGGGUGCCUCAAGAUGGACUGGUAUCAAGAGUGCCGGGCUUCCAUGGGAACUUGGUCUUGCAGAGACCCAUCAAACUUUAGUGGCUAAUGACCUCCGUGGCCGAACAACACUGCAAACAGAUGGCCAAUUGAAAACUGGAAGAGAUGUGGCUGUUGCUGCUCUUCUUGGUGCGGAGGAGUUUGGUUUCAGCACUGCUCCCCUCAUAACACUUGGCUGCAUAAUGAUGAGAAAAUGCCACAAAAACACUUGCCCUGUGGGAAUUGCGACUCAAGAUCCAAUUCUUCGGGAGAAGUUUGCUGGAGAACCAGAACAUGUCAUAAAU